UUAGCAGAGAAAAAGUUCACCAAGUCCAUCUUCAGUCUCUUAUGUAUUUGAGAGUGCACGGCAUCAGAACUGAUUUAGGGUUAAAUUGAAUCUCAACUGACAUGCAGGUCCUUCAAAUACAUAUAUCUGAUUAAACACAAUAUGCCACUCCCUACAUCCAGCACACAAUAUACAUGAUGAAUGAACACAAGAACAGGAGAGACUCAGGUUCAGGGUAAAGGGUGUAUGCUAUGUGAGCACUGUAGAAGCUUUCUCGGGGGAGGAGAGUCUGCCCUGGAGUUGCAGCAGUCUUCCAUAAAAUCAACAAGAGGGUUUUCUCCUGUUUUGUUUUUCUUACAGUCAAGGCCAGAAUAAUUCGCAUGAGUCAGACCGUGGCCUUGAGAGUGAGCUUCCAUCCCCUCCGUCUUUGGACUAGCUGACCCAGCUGAACUGGACUCUUCCCGCCAAUGCCGGUUCCCGCCCCCUCCCGCCGCAGACUGCGCAUGUGCGGCGGCCAUUCCUGUGCGCCAUGGCAGAGACUGAAGCUAACCUGUUGCGCCACUUCCCGCUGCUGCUUCCUCAGAACCGGGAGAAAACCGUGUAUGAGGGAUUCAUUUCGGCUCAGAUUACUGUGUAGCUGGCAACUGAAAAAUAUACUUAAUGAAUACCAUCAAAUAGUCCAACAAAGAAUGAAGCACUCUCCUGAUCUAGUGAGCUUUAUGAUGGAGUUGAAGAUGAUUUUGGAAGUUGCUUUAAAGAAUAGACAAGAUUUGUGUGUACAACCACCUUCUCGCAGUUUCUGCAUAGACCUUCUUAAUGAGAUAGGAGCUGUUGGUUGGGAUAAACUUGUGUGUGUGGAUACUUCCUUCAGUACCGUCAAGUUAAAAGCACACGAUGCUUCUGGUAGAAAGCAUGUGAUCACUGUCAAGUUGAAGGCAAAGUACCCUGUAGAGCCACCCGAUUGUGUUGUGGACUUUCCUGUUCCGUUUUCUGUUUCCUGGACACCACAGAGCUCCUUGGUCAACGUCCAUAGUCAGUUCAUGGCGGCAUUGGAGUCCCUGAAGACAUUCUGGGAUGUUAUGGAUGAAAUCGAUGAGAAGACCUGGGUGCUGGAACCAGAAAAGCCUCCCCGGAGUGCAACAGCACGCAGGAUUGUAUUAGGGAAUAAUGUUUCCAUCAACAUAGAGGUAGACCCCAGGCACCCUACCAUGCUUCCCGAGUUUUGCUUUCUUGGAGCUGACCAUGUGAUAAAACCGCUGGGAAUCAAGCUGAGUGGGAACAUACAUUUAUGGGAUCCAGAAAACAGUCUGUUACAAAAUUUGAAAGAUGUUUUAGAAAUCGAUUUUCCAGCUCGUACUGUCUUGGAAGAAUCUGACUUUAGCAUGGACUGUGGAAUCUGUUAUGCCCGUCACCUUAAUGGUGCCAUUCCUGAUCAAGUAUGUGAUAAUCCCCAGUGUGGACAGCCUUUCCAUCAAAUAUGCUUAUAUGAGUGGCUGAGGGGGCUGAGCACCAGCAGACAGAGCUUUAACGUCCUCUUUGGGGAAUGUCCCUAUUGUAGUAAGCCAAUUACCUUGAAAAUGUUGGUGAGAAAACACUAAAGAAAGAAUGAGACACACCUGUGAAGAGAUGGAAUCCUGAAGAAUUGGUUAUAAAGAAAACAACUGAUUUAUUUG